GUUUAAAUAUAUAUACACUUGGCACUUAGGCAUCGUUCAGUUCGGACGAGACCUGGCACUCACCCCUCAAACGUGCUCCCGCUGGCUUCAGUGACUGUAUACUUACUUGAAACGGUCCUUAGGCCUCGUUGCAAUGGUUCUCGUGCUGUGCAUCGGCGACCUGCACAUACCGCACCGAGCCCCGGACCUGCCCGCGAAGUUCAAGGAGCUGCUCAAGCCGGGCAAGAUCCACAGCACCAUUUGCGUGGGGAACGUUUGCAGUAAAGUGUUCCUGGACUACCUGCGCACCAUCAGCGGCGAGCUGCACGUGGUGUCGGGCGACUUCGACGAAUUCGCGGCGCCCGAGCAGCUGGUGUUGGACAUCGCGGGGUUCCGGGUGGGGGUAUGCCACGGACACCAGAUUGUGCCGUGGGGUGACGCGGAUGCCAUCUCGCUGCUACAGCGGCAGAUGGGGGCGGACAUCCUGGUCACAGGCAACACACACAAGUUCGAGGCUCGCAAGGCCGGCUCCUGCCUGGCUCUCAACCCCGGCUCCGCCACCGGCGCCUUCAGCGUGUCCGCAGCCGGCACCAGUCAGCCCGCGCCUACACCCAGCUUCGUGCUGAUGGACCUUGACGGCCAGAAGGUGACUGUGUAUGUGUACCAGCUGGUGGAUGGCGAGGUGCGCGUGGAGAAGAUCGAUUACAACAAGGCCGCGUGAGCCACAUCAUGUGUGGGGCAGCGGCGGCGUAGGGGUGUGAAGCUGCUCCUAUUGAAUGUGUGUUCGCAUUCCACACUAAGGGCGGUGGCAAAGAUCUUGCUGACAGGUGGGCGCGCGGUCUGUGCCGUACGCUCACCCGGUUGUGAAGUGUGAUGUUGGGUCGGCGGCAGUUGAGAUUGAGGGGCCCGUAUGAAGGUGUGGGUGCAUGGACAGGGCGCGGAGUGGACGGACACGAAAGCACAGGCUAGGGUGCGCCAGUGCUUGGCCGGCGAGGCGAGACAGGCGUGGCUGCAUUGGUCGGAACGAGUGCGGUCUGAGGCGGGCGUGGUCGGUGAGGGCAACAGCGACCUAGGUAUGGUAGGGUGUGUCGGCUCAGAGCACUUGGGUAGGUAUAAGCUUGCAGCGACAAGGCUCGGGGGGAAUACUGGGCCGUACGAGGGGCCCAACAAAUACACGCAUUAUUGCUCCGAGGGUUGGGGUAUCUCCAUGUUUUCGUGGUAAUAGGUGUAGAUAUUCUUUGAGACACGGAUUGAGUGUUGGGGAGGGCGGCGCGCACUUGCUCGGCAACGGGCAGCGCUGCAUGCAGGCGGUCGUACCAUGGGGGGGCCCACGUGCUCACCAAGUCCAAGUGUGCAACCACUGCGGGAC